CAGAUAGGUGAGGAUAAGCCAAACUGCAUUAGAGCAGCACCAACAUGUUCUCACCAAAGUCGCCUAAAAAUCCCUCCAAGUAUGUCUCCAAGUCGGAGGAGCAGAUCUGCAUGGUGGAGUGCGUCUUGGAGAAGGACUGCACCUGUAGCCUCCACGCAGCCGGCACCAGGAGGCUCUGUGCGGCCGAAUGCAAGGAGAAUGGCCUGGACGUCCAGACACAAGGCCUCGACAACUUGGCCUAUGAGUACGGGAGUCAGAGCGAGCUCUGUCCUCCACCCAAAACGGCCUCCACCGCUACUUUAAAGCUCCUUGGACUCUCCCCCGAGCACCAGGCCCACGCCAUCGAGAGCAGAAUCUGCAGCCUGAAUGGAGUUCUUUCCGCUAGCUUAUCUUUACCCAGCAGCUUGGCCAAAGUGGACUACGACGCCUCCGUUAUCACGACCAAAGAGAUGGCCCUGGAGCUCCAGAGCGUGGGACUCAACGUGGAGUCGGCGGUGCGUAUCGGGGUGGACGGUAUGCACUGUCAGUCCUGUGUGCAGUCCAUCGAGGGACGGAUUGGACCUCUACCUGGGGUGUCACAUAUUCAGGUGUCCCUUCAGGACGCUGCAGCUCUGAUUGUGUAUCAGCCUCUACUGGUGAGCCAACAGGAGCUGAGAGACAGCAUCGAGGACAUGGGUUUUGGUUCCACGUUAUCACCUGAUGGUCCAUCAGGAUGUGAUACAAGCUUCUGGCAGACGGACGUAUUGAGCUCUACUGUCACAGUUUGGAUUGUAGGGAUGACUUGCAACUCCUGCGUGCAGUCCAUAGAAGGGAGGAUCUCUCAGAUGACGGGCGUGCAGUCCAUAGCGGUGUCACUGAAGGAGGAAAAGGGAACGGUGACCUUUGACCCCAGUCUGACGGCGCCGGAGCAGCUCAGGGCGGCGAUCGAAGACAUGGGCUUUGAAGCAUCGCUUGAAGAACCUGCAUCUGUAAAGAUCAUCCAGCGUCAUGAAAAGUCCCGACCCGUUAGCUCUAAACUGUCUGACCUCUCUGACUUACAACGGCCCAACAAGGCGGGAGGCAGCAACAGCACGGGAUCACAUGUGACCUCUGAGAGAGAGAUUAAAGCACAGAAAUGCUUCAUCAGCGUGAUCGGAAUGACCUGCGCCUCCUGCGUGGCCAACAUCGAGAGGAACCUGCACAAACACAAAGGAAUCAUCAUGGUGUUGGUGUCGCUCAUGGCUGGAAAGGCGGAGGUGAAGUACGAUGCAGAAGUCCUGGACGCUGCUGCUGUAACUCAGCUCAUAGAAGACUUAGGCUUUGGUGCCAAGCUGAUGGAGGACAACGCAGUGACACACGGGAAGCUGGAGCUCACUAUAACAGGCAUGACAUGUGCGUCAUGUGUGCACAACAUCGAGUCCAAGCUCACCUCAACCAAAGGGGUCCUCGUGGCCUCCGUCGCCCUGGCAACCAAAAAGGCCCAGAUCCAGUUUGACCCAGAAGUGCUGGGAGCUCGAGAUAUAAUCAAGAUUAUUCAGAGUCUUGGAUUCGAGGCCAGUCUGGUGAAGGAGGGCUACAGAAACAACCUCGAUCACACAGAAGAAAUCCGACAGUGGAAGAACUCGUUUCUCCUCAGCCUGGUCUUCGGCCUGCCCGUCAUGGGCCUCAUGAUCUACAUGAUGGUGAUGGACAGUCAGCACCAGGAACACGGAGGCUCCAUGCCCGAGGAGCAGAACCUGCUGCCCGGCCUCUCCCUCCUCAACCUGGCCUUCUUCCUGCUCUGUACACCUGUGCAGAUCUUUGGAGGCCGGUACUUCUACGUCCAGGCGUACCGCUCGUUAAAGCACCGCACGGCCAACAUGGACGUGCUCAUCGUGUUGGCCACCUCCAUCGCCUACAUCUACUCCUGCGUGGUGCUCGUUGUAGCCAUGGCCGAGCGAGCCGCCCAGAGCCCCAUCACCUUUUUCGACACUCCACCCAUGCUGUUUGUGUUCAUCGCGCUGGGUCGGUGGCUGGAGCACGUUGCAAAAAGUAAAACCUCAGAGGCGUUGGCCAAAUUAAUGUCACUUCAAGCCACUGAUGCCACUGUGGUCACUCUGGGACAAAACCACUCCAUCAUCAAGGAGGAGCAGGUGGAGGUGGAGCUCGUCCAGCGGGGCGACAUUGUGAAAGUCGCUCCGGGAGGAAAGUUCCCCGUCGACGGGAGAGUGAUUGAGGGAAGCUCCAUGGCCGAUGAGUCCUUGAUCACAGGGGAGCCGAUGCCUGUCAGUAAGAAGGUGGGCAGUUUGGUGAUUGCCGGCUCCAUCAACGCUCACGGCGCUCUGCUGGUGGAGGCCACUCACGUCGGUGCCGACACAACUCUGUCUCAAAUCGUUAAACUGGUUGAAGACGCUCAAACCUCGAAGGCCCCCAUCCAGCAGUUUGCAGACCGGCUCAGCGGAUACUUCGUGCCCUUCAUAGUCAUCGUUUCUCUGCUGACGCUGAUCGCCUGGCUGGCGAUCGGGUUUGUCGACUUUGACAUAGUGAGGGACAACUUCCCGGGUUACAAUCAGAACAUCUCCAAGGCGGAAGUUAUCGUCCGCUUCGCCUUCCAGGCCUCCAUCACUGUUCUGUCCAUCGCCUGCCCCUGCUCUCUGGGGUUGGCGACCCCGACAGCUGUCAUGGUGGGCACCGGGGUCGGAGCGCAGAACGGGAUCCUCAUUAAAGGAGGCGAGCCGCUGGAGAUGGCCCACAAGAUCGGCGUGGUGAUGUUUGACAAAACCGGUACGAUCACAAACGGCGUUCCUCGGGUGACUCGUGUGCUGGUGUUGUGGGAAAUGGCCCGCAUGCCUCUGAGGAAGAUCCUGGCUGUGGUCGGCACGGCGGAGGCCAGCAGUGAGCACCCGCUGGGCAUGGCCGUCGCCAAACACUGCAAAGAGGAGCUGACCAGUGACCUGCUGGGCUACUGUCAGGACUUCCAGGCGGUGCCCGGAUGUGGGAUCAGCUGCCGGGUGUCUAACGUGGAACAUCUGCUGCAGCAGCUGAACGAAGAGCGUUUCCUGUUGCCGGGGGCGACCACCGACGAAAGCAGCCUGCUGUCUGCUGCCGAGGACACGUCUGCAGAUGAGCCUCUGUCUUACUCCGUGCUCAUCGGGAACAGAGAGUGGAUGAGGAGGAACGGCCACCACAUCGGAGCAGACGUUGACGCCGCCAUGUGCAGCCACGAGACCAAAGGGCAGACGGCCAUCCUGGUAGCUAUAGAUGGUGUGCUGUGUGCCAUGUUAGCCAUCGCAGACACGGUGAAGGCCGAGUCAGCGUUAGCGGUGCACACGCUCAACAGCAUGGGCAUCGAGGUGGUGAUGAUAACAGGAGAUAACAGGCGCACUGCUAAAGCCAUCGCUGCACAGGUGGGGAUCAGGAAGGUGUAUGCGGAGGUGCUGCCUUCACAUAAGGUGGCAAAAGUGCAGGAGCUGCAGGAACAAGGCCGGAGAGUGGCCAUGGUGGGGGACGGCGUCAACGACUCGCCCGCCCUCGCCAGGGCCGACGUCGGCAUCGCCAUCGGCACGGGCACCGACGUGGCCAUCGAGGCGGCCGACAUCGUCCUCAUUCGAAAUAACCUGCUGGACGUGGUGGCGAGCAUCGAGCUGUCCAAGAAGACGGUGCGGAGGAUAAGGACCAACUUUGUCUUCGCCCUCAUCUACAACCUCAUAGGGAUACCCAUCGCUGCAGGUGUGUUCAUGCCUGUUGGCCUGGUGCUUCAACCCUGGAUGGGCUCUGCUGCCAUGGCUGCAUCAUCUGUCUCAGUGGUUCUGUCUUCUUUAAUGCUGAAAAUGUAUAAGAAAACCUCGGUGGAGCUGUAUGAGGUGCAGGCGCUGGGCCACAUGAAGAGCCUACGGUCGUCCCAGAUCAGCACACAUCUGGGUUGGGACGGCCAGCAGCGCAGCCCGGCUCUGCCAAACGGAGCUCGGGAGCAUCUGAGCCAAAGUGGCGCCGUCCCACCCGUCCAGGGGCCAUCCAUUAACUCUGCCCAGGAGCGGGACCGCUACUCCCGCCUGGACUACCAGACUGCAGACGACUUUAAUGUGCUGUAAAGGGGAAAGGGAAGAAGGACUGAGACGUCUCGAAUUUGUAAUAUUUUUAUGUAUUUAUGUAAAUAGUGAAGGCUAAUUGUGCACAGAAACUCACCUUUAGCUCAUGAAGGACACAAACUCAUCACCAAUCUAUAACUUUAUGGGGAAAACGUCUAUACAUGAAGCUGCUAACACUUAAAGUGAAGGUAUUACUGAAGCAUUGUGACAUUUUUUUGCCUUAUUUUGUUCUAUUUUCACACCAGGAGCCACAUAAAUCAAACUUGCAAUGUGAAAGUGUUUUUAUUGUGUGUACAGAUGCACUUUUACGAUAUGUAUCUAAGUCAAAGUAAAGCCACAGUGUUUGGGUAAGACUGUGUCGGUGUGAGAGUCUCAGGUUAUAAAUAAUGCAUGAGGAGAUAGAGAAAAGUCAACACUCUCUAGAACCGCUCCGAUUCUGUGCUUUGAUUGUAAAACUGUCCUUCCAGCUAAGAAGGAAACAUUUUCCCAGGCUGCUGUGUUUUAGGCUCUUAUUCUGAAAAGCUUCACAUGUGUAAAGUGCUGCUGUUAUUUAUAGAUGAAGAAGAAGAAGUGGAGGGCAGACUUUCUGGACUUUUCUUUCAAAUGUAUUUUGAGCUGGGCCAAGGAUAAUUAAUGGAGUAGAUUAAUUAAAUGAUUCAUGGACCAGAGAGGAUAGUUUCACAAUAGAUAUAGAGCUUUUAGGGAUAUAAAUAUGACUUGUCUUGCUCUCAGCUCGUAUUAAAGACCUUUUUCACAGAUAUUUUGACGUGUGAAAGCAGGAAAAUCACUGGUGUCAUUAAUAACAGUAAUGAAGCGAAUGGUCAGCAUUAAUGUUAUUAAUUAGACAGGCCAAAAUAUCUACUCAUAAUUCUCCUGUUAUAAUGACUGUAGACAUUAGAAACUGAUGUUCACACACGCGAAGAUAUUGGAGCCACACAAACUGCUAUUUCCUUUAAUAUUCAAUUCAUCUUUGUUGUUAUUUUGUUGGAUUUUUCCUGCAGACGUUUUAAAAACUCCAGUUCAGAUUGGCUAGAGGGGAAUCCGGGGCGUUUGACCUCUUGUAGGGUCAUCACACAGGAAGCCUCGUUAAGCUCGUUAAGCUCGUUAGUCCACCUGGUUGUCACAUGAUAACCAGGUGGACUAACGAGCUAACGAGGCUUCCUGUUCACAUGAUGGCCGCCGUGUUGGACCCUUAAAAGAUGUCUUUCACGCUGUUGUGGAAGGUGAAGAAUCUAAAAAGAGAGAUUGAGUCAGAAGUUGAAAUCAUUCCUACUUUCACACCUCGGCGGAGGAAAGCGCUGGAGUGGACAUGAUUGUCAGUUUCAGAAGAAGACGGGGUUUGAGAGAUCUGAGAAGCACUUUGUUUGAGCCGUGCACCGGUUCAGCUUUUGUCUCUGCAUUGUAAAGGUCUUUGCAUUCCUUCUGUUUCUACCAGGGCUGCAUAUAUAUUGUUGCUCAGCUUUAGUUCUGUGCUGCUAGGUUUUAAAAAAAAAAACCCACAGGGAUGCAGACUCUCAGAUUGAAUGUCUGUUAUUUUCUCUUUACUGGAUUUUGCUGCUACGUUAUUUUUUG